UUGCAUUGCGAAGUAACGUAAGGUUACAAGCAAAACUGAACUAACAUGUUCGCUUUUAAUAAAUCAAGACAAUCCGAGAAAUUAAUCAUCUCAUUGAUUUUUGUUAUCUUAUCAUUGGUUUAAGUAUACAUAACUUGAUAUUAGUCUCUAAUAAAUGUGCUACUAAGGAAGGGUGUACAGAAGAGCUUAUAAAAGUCAAAACAAUAUUUAUUCCCAUGAGAAAAUUAAAGAAAUUCGGUCAACGUAUUACAAAACAUUCAUUUAGGAAGAUACUUUCUAUAACAUAAACAUAUCUUGUUAAUUUCUCAAUGAUAUCAGGAAGUAAUUAUUUGUCAGUCGCAGCCGCAUCCUUUCUGAAUGAGGAAGAUUGAAAUAAAGGAGCGGACAAUUAAGCAGGAAAACGCCCAGAGUAGAAUGAGAAAAAAAAUAACAAGAUACAUAGAACCACAAAAAAAACUUUUCUUAAAGUUAAUAUAAAUGAAUUGAAAUACAUUAUCUUACUUUCUUGGACUUUACAUUUGAAUAUCUUUUAUAUAUCAAGUAUCUUCUUAAAUAACAAAGAGCAUGUGUUCACCUUGGCAAUGUUGAAAAUAUGACAUUUCAUUUUUGUACAAGAUUUACACCAAUUAAAACAAAUAAUAAUGUAAUGAAAUAUAAUAUUUUAAAGAAUGUUUGUGAAAUUGGGUUGGUCGUGAUUAAUAAAAGAGUAACUAACAUUUCAUAUGGACGCCAGGCCUUUUUUAAAAAUUGAUUAUUAAAUUUGUUUGGAGAAUUGAUUUAGUGAUUUGAAAGAAAUUCUAGUAUGCGCGUUAUAUAUCAUGGAAUUCAUUAAACAAACCUGAAAAACAACAUACAAGAAAUGUUGACAUUGGUAUAACACAAUUCUAUUUUUUUAACUAACGGUGAAGGAGUAUAAAUAGUAUGUUGGAAUUAUAAAGUAUGGAAGUAUCAAAUGCGAUUAGCUAUGUCUGUUCUGCAAAUCUCGACAAAAGUUUUAUUUAUUAAUUUAUUUAUUUAUUUUUUACUUAUUUAUUUAUUCAUUUAUUUAAUAUUUAUUUACUUAUUUUUAUUUAUUUAUUGUUUUUGUCUCGUCGACUUCUCGAUACAUAUGUUUAUACAUGUAUAAAUAAUAAACCUAAUCGAGCAUAAUAGCAUUUUAUACUUAGUUAUACACGUACUUUACGUAUUCAUGUAUUUUCAUUGUGAUAUGGUAAAUAUAAUGGCCAAUUCUUUUGGGCGGGUUCGGAAUAUCAUCCAAUCGUGACUGUUACAUAAUUAUAAAAGUACAUGCAUGUUUUAUUUAGUGUCAUUUGUGCGAUCAUGAGCGGUGCAAUAAGGAUAGCUUUAAUCGCCUUCCUUGUAAGGGGUAUAUAUGCUGGGUAUUGUAAUACCACGUAUUCAUGUCAAGCAACAUGUUCUAAUAUACAGACGUACACAAAAGCAUGCGGAUGGUUCAACUGGGGCAGAUGUCCAGCAUCUCGAACCGUCUACACGCAUUGUACAAAAACAUGCUACAAAAAGAAAUGUUGUUUUGGCUAUACUGGAAUAAGCUGUAACAGACCUUUGUGUUUUGGUUCAUAUUCGUGUCCUAACGGUGGUACAUGCCAAUCUCCAGACAUGUGUAGAUGUCCACGUGGCUUCAACUCGCCCAGGUGUACUGAUAUUGACGAAUGUAGCAGGAACACACAUGGGUGCCAGCACAAUUGUGCUAAUACUUAUGGCUCUUACCAUUGUUCAUGCAGAGCUGGCUUUAGCCUGACCUCGGAUCUCAAGUCUUGUAUAGAGGUUCCGAAGUUUGAAAAUCAGCUUUACAAUCAGACUGUCUUAUACGGCAGCGAUGCUACAUUCUUCUGCAAUGCUACAGGUGAUCCGGAACCUGAUAUAUUUUGGUUAAGGAAUGACACAGUUAUCCCAGGAGACCGUUUAAAUGUGCUAACCGUUUCAAAAGUUACCGAAAAUGAUUCUUAUGACAAGUACAAUUGUAUUGCUGGGAAUGAAGUGACUAAUAUCACCUCUUCUGAUGCUUAUAUAAAUGUGGUACUGCAAGAUGUUAAUGAAUGUAAAUAUGGUGGACAUAACUGUACACACGUGUGUAAUAACACGAUAGGGUCAUACAUUUGCUCCUGCUUUGACGGAUACUCUCUUGAUGAAGAUGAAAUAACAUGUUCAGAUAUCGAUGAGUGCAGUACAGAACAGAGCGUUCUUGUUUGUGAUCAAAUAUGUAAAAACCAAGUAGGCUCAUACACUUGUUCUUGUACAGAUGGAUAUACACUACAAGAAGAUAUGAGAACAUGUGUCGAUUUUAACGAAUGCCUGGAUAACAACGGUGGUUGCCAUAGCAUAUGCAACAACAUUGUCGGCUCAUUCAUUUGUACCUGUAAUGAAGGAUAUAGUUUACAAGAUGACAACAAGACAUGUGUCGAUAUUGAUGAAUGCCUGAAUGCAAGUGGUGGUUGUGAUCACAUAUGUAGCAACCUAGAUGGUUCGUUUACAUGUUCUUGCAAAGGCGGAUAUAGUUUGCAAGAAGAUAUGAGAACAUGCAUCGAUAUUAACGAAUGCUUGAAUGCAAAUGGUGGUUGUGAUCACACAUGUAGCAACCUGAAUGGUUCAUUCGCUUGUUCUUGUAACGAUGGAUAUAAUUUACAAGAAGAUAUGACAACAUGUGUCGAUUUUAACGAAUGUCUGGACAACAACGGUGGUUGCCAUAGCAUAUGCAACAACAUUAUUGGCUCAUUCAUUUGUACCUGUAAUGAAGGAUAUAGUUUACAAGAUGACAACAAGACAUGUGUCGAUAUUGAUGAAUGCCUGAAUGCAAGUGGUGGUUGUGAUCACAUAUGUAGCAACCUAGAUGGUUCAUUCACAUGCUCUUGCAACGGCGGUUAUACUUUACAUGAAGAUAGGAGAACAUGCAUCGAUAUUAACGAAUGCCUGAAUGCAAGUGGUGGUUGUGAUCACACAUGUAGCAACCUAGAUGGUUCGUUUACAUGUUCUUGCAAAGGCGGUUAUAGUUUGCAAGAAGAUAUGAGAACAUGCAUCGAUAUUAACGAAUGCUUGAAUGUAAAUGGUGGUUGUGAUCACACAUGUAGCAACCUAGAUGGUUCGUUUACAUGUUCUUGCAAAGGCGGUUAUAGUUUGCAAGAAGAUAGGAGAACAUGCAUCGAUAUUAACGAAUGCCUGAAUGCAAGUGGUGGUUGUGAUCACACAUGUAGCAACCUAGAUGGUUCGUUUACAUGUUCUUGCAAAGGCGGAUAUAGUUUGCAAGACGAUAGGAGAACAUGUGUCCACAUUGAUGAAUGCCUGAAUGACAACGGGGGUUGUGAUCACACAUGUAUCAACCUAAAUGGUUCAUUAAUAUGUUCUUGUAACGAUGGAUAUAGUUUACAGGAAGAUAUGAGAAGAUGUGUCGAUAUAAACGAAUGCCUUGUCAACAACAGCGGUUGUGAUCAAACAUGUAGGAACCUGGGUGGUUCCUUCAUAUGUUCUUGUAACGGCGGAUAUAGUUUGCAAGAAGAUGGGAGAACAUGUGUCAAUAUUGACAAAUGCCUGUAUGACAACGAUGGAUGUAAUCACACAUGUAGCAACACUAAUCGCUCAUUUUCCUGUUCAUGUAGUGACGGAUAUAGUUUACGUGACAAUAACAUUACAUGUGACGAUGUCGACGAAUGCUUAAUUUAUAACGGUGGUUGCGGUCAAAUUUGCAUCAACACAAACGGCUCGUUCAGUUGCCUAUGCAGAGAUGGAUAUUUCCUACAUGCAAACAGAACAUCGUGCGUAGACAUCGAUGAAUGUCUUGAUAACAAUGGCGGUUGUAACCAAAAAUGCGAAAAUCAAAAUGGAUCCUUCAAAUGCUUGUGUAAUGAAGGGUACCAACUCGACAUGGGUUCUCUUUCUUGCCUUGAUAUAAACGAAUGUGAAGAGAAAAAUGGUCAAUGUGAAGAAACAUGCAUCAAUUUUGAUGGAACGUUCAUUUGUAAUUGCCAACAGAAAAGACUUCUGAAUGAAGACGGCUUAACAUGUAAAGAUGUUUCUGGUACAUUGGUAUCAUCAACUAUACGUCUAUCUAUAGAAAGUGACACAGCUUUAAGAAACUAUACCUUGUAUACAGAAAUCAUGAAUGCAUUGCAGAGUUACUUCGAAGCAACAUUAAAAGAUUUAGUUGUCGUUUCUGUCCACUCUAUAAGAGCCGGAAGUAUUAUUGUAGAUUACACAGUCAUUAUUGAUGACAAGGAAAAUCAGACUAUGUUAGCUGAUACAGUUGUUCAGACGAUUAUCAAUUUAGACGAAGAUGGAAGCCUGGUUAUUGAUGGAAAACCUGUUCCUGUGAAACCAAUAUUUCCAGCAAAUGCUGGUCCAUGUGACCUACGUGAACUUCUAGCAGGACCUUGUGAUAAUAACACAGUUUGUCAAGUUGUUAGCAACAAGCCAAUUUGUCGGGAGGCAAAAAACAGCAUGAAAAACGUCGAAGAAGAGAGUGAUCGUAUCAUUGUUGGUGUGGUCUUGGGAGUUGUUACUUUCUUAGUGACAGUGGUAUUGUUGAUAGUUUAUGUGUUGAAGAAAAGAAAUCAUAUAAAAUGGACACUAAACGGAAGAAAAUUAUCACGUAAAUCAGAAGAAAAUGUUGCACUACCUUACUUAAGCCGGUGGAUCCGGAAUCUGUCAAAAAAGGCCCCAGUCACCGCUUCUGUACAAAGUAUUGAUAAGUGUGUUGACCAAAUCUAAGUGCCAGGGAUAUAUUUCCAAAGCUGGUCGCAAGACUUUUACACAAAAACAGUGUUUUUUUUAUCCUUCUCGUUUUGACAAUUACAUUAAACGCUUGAGUAUUGCAUUUUAAUAUCAUACAUAUAUUUUUUCCAGAAAUGACAUUAGAUAUAAUAUACAUUUUUUCCCUUUUUUUGUAUUUAUAGGUUUUGUUAUUGCAUUUGUUGUUUUAUUAUUAAAAUAUAAAUGUAUAUUACUGUUUAGGGCCGUCAGCUUCUGUUCUGUACAGAUAGCACCAUGAACGAGCAAUAAAAAAACAUGCGGUCAAAAAACAGGAAAACCAAUAACACCUUAUAAUGUUUCCCGUCGAUAAUUUUUGUAUAUAUUUCAUAUAAUGUGUCUCUGUAAAAUCAUGCAAUCAUUCCAGUUAAGUCUGGUAAUACUGAUUUCUAUUUUAAAUCAUGGACGUUUUUUAUCAAAUGACCACUAUUUUACAUCAACGGAAAAAAAUUGCAUCACGAUAUUGACUUUGAGAACAGGACUGUCUUCCAUGUAAAAUGUAUAAUAUGUUUGGAAUUUCAUGGUUUCUGUAAAUACAACCAUCAUUGGUAAUUCUUUCAACUUUUUAUCUUUAUCUUUCUACAAUGUUGAUCUGUAAAUAUUAUAUCAAAGAUAUUUAGCUCAGAUGAGUAUAAAAUAAAUGAAUUUUCUUAUCGGUCAAUAUAAAUUUGAUUACUCAAUCUUUUGAAUUAUUAAAAGAAUACUGCUUAUAAAGUUAGAUGGCAAUUUUGACGAAGGUAUCUCCGUUUAGUAUGCUCUUGGUCUAUGUUUAUAGCCCUAACCCAUUAUUAUCAUCUUAGAUCUGUUAUACUGUAUUAUGUUGCUGUUUAUGCUUAUUGUGGAAGUUUCUUCUUUUCGAAAU